AUGGCUGAAAGAAAAUAAGAAAAAAGACCUUCUAAAAUUUACGAUUAUGAAGAUAACAGACAAAAAAAAGAUAAAGGAGAUCUUUACACAUUUGGCUAAUUAGAAUUUGCAGAUUAUCCCAAUUCUAAAUAUAAACUUGCUAUCAGAACCUUUUUUGGUAAUCCUGAAACAGAAGUAUUUUGUGUCAGAUUUGACUAAGAUGAUUAAUUCAUAGCUGCAGGAUGCUCUGAUGGCAGUGUGAAGAUUUUUAACAUAUCAACUGGCAAGCUUGAACAUAACUUAUCAGGAUCAUCUGGUAUUAAUGCUACUCCUACAACAUGUCUUAGAUGGAGACCACCAGUUCAUAAUAAAACAAAAUAAGUUUUAGUUUCUGUAAAUUCAGAUGGUUCUAUUAUUCACUGGCAUGCCCCUUCUGGAAAGCAAUUACAUAGAUUAGUUGAAAAUAAUCAUAGCAUUAUGUGCUUAGAUUAUAAUCCUGAAGGUUCAUCCUUUGUUACUGCAGGAAAAGAUUUUCAUAUUAGAGUUUAUGAUGAAGAUACCAAAAGUGUAGCAAUAGAUUUCCCACCUGCAGACUGGAAUUAGCCUGGUCAUUCAAAUAGAGUGUUUUCUUGUAAAUUUUUAGCUCACGACCCUAAUUUGAUCCUCUCAGGCGGAUGGGACUCAAAUGUGCAUUUAUGGGAUAUUCGUGAAAAGAAAAGUGUUGCUACUAUUUAUGGACCCAGCUUGAGUGGUGAUUCUUUAGAUUAUAAAGACGGGCUCAUACUUACUGGUUCAUACAGAAAUGAUAAACAGAUGCAGCUUUGGGAUUUAAAAACUAGAAAGCUUUUUAAGGAUAUAGAAUGGAGUAAUCAAUCAUCUCAAGUAUAUGUUUAUGCUUCUUAAUUCAGUAAAAUUGACAGUAAGACUCUAAUAGCAGGUAGUAGUGGAAUUAAUGAAUUUGUAGUUUUCGAUACUAACGAGUAUAAGCCUGUAUCUGCUGUAGUUAAGCUUAGAGAAGGUAUUUAUGGCGUAGAUUAUGGAAAUGUCACUAAUAAAGUUGCUUUUGGAGGUGGUGAAGGUGUAACUUAUAUUUUGACUCUUUAAUAAAAUAAAUGA